AAUUUCAUUGAUAUACAAACAGAUCUAACCCUAGCAUCAUCAAUAUGAAAUCUUUAUACUUUCUAUCGCUAACAUUUUACCAUUUAUCUUGUUAAUAUAAAAAAACAAUACAAUUCUUUACUUGUCAAUCGAAGAAAAAUACUUAAUAAAACGUAAAACAUAAUAUGGAGCAAAAGUAUAUUGCGAUAAUCGAAGUUACCGAAGGUAUCUUAUCGUAUAUUGCUAAGGUUAAAUCUGGCCGGGAUGAUCGCGCGACGAUCGUCCGAAAACGCCAUCGUGACGGGUGUGAUAUCUGUGUCUUCUCUUUUCCAAAACUGUCGCUGCAGAGUGCGGCGAGACGGGCGGGCACCAGCUGCGCCAACUGCAAGACGGCGACCACGACCCUCUGGCGGAGGAACCAGGCCGGCGAGCCGGUCUGCAACGCUUGCGGGCUCUACUACAAGUUGCACAACGUGAACCGACCGCUGACGAUGAAAAAGGAGGGCAUCCAGACGAGAAACAGGAAGCUCUCGUCGAAAAGCAAGAAGAAGAAGGCCGGCGGCUGCCUAGGCCUCGGCGGUGUCAUGGGCGAUAUGAUCAAGGCUAGCGGACACCUCGAUCUCGACAACAAGCCCUUCCACUCGGGAUUCGGCUCGCCGAUGGGUACGUCGCAGCAUCAUCACACGAUGCAUCCGGCGAUGCAGCAUUACAUGUAUCACACGGGUGUCGGCGUGGCCGGAGGUCUUCAUCAGGGAUUUGCGCCACCGGCGCCGCCCCCCAUCCACCCGCACUCGCAUUCGCAUUCCCAUUCUCAUCACAUGACGAGUCUUCAGGGUCUGCAGCUGGCGGCCACGACGAACGCAAUGACUGGCUGGCGAUCGGAGUACACAUGAAUCGCGAGUGACUAGCAGCUCAGGACGCAACCCACCACUGUCUCGUUGUAAAAAA